AUGACAUCAAAAGGAAAGGAAAUUUAUAAUACGAUAAAACGUUCCCUUGGUUCUCAAUCAUUUGGCAUUGCUAGUUCAUCAAAUCAUACAAACGGAGCUAGAUAUGCUGGUGGUACUUCAUCCAAAUGGAUACAUCCACCUGACGUAUUGUUAAAUGGUCGUGUGGAAUAUUCCGUAAAAAUGCUUGGUUUUGCGGAAGUAUCGGAGCCAAAAGGAACGCAUGUCAUUCGGAAUGCUAUUCAUGCUAUUCGAUUUCAACUACAAGUAAGUCGAGGAGUUACGGGACAUUCGGGUGCAAAGCUUAAGAAGGUGGAUUUGCAAAUCAAUGUAGAUGGCUUAACAGUUAUCGAAACAAAGACAAAAAUGAUUUUAUUCAAAUAUCCCCUCCAUCGAAUCUCAUUUUGUGCCGAUGACAAGCAGGAUAAGAGGGUUUUUUCAUUUAUCGCCAAGUCCGAAUCCUCUAGACAUGAUUGUUUCGUUUUUCUAAGUGAGAAAUUGGCAGAGCAGAUAACUCUUACUGUCGGUGAAGCUUUCGAUCUUGCAUAUCAGUUGAUUAUGUUGAGGAAGCGAAUAGCAGAGCUGGAACAAGAAAAUAAUGAGCUGAAGGAGAAGCUUUACACGCAGCAAAACAAGAAGGAGGAUUCUGUACCACCUCUACCAACUUCACCGAUGCCUCGUGAGCCACCUCCUGGAAUCACUCCAACUAUAAUGGACGAAAAAAUACCCGCAAUUGUUCCACCGCCAGCUAUCCCACGGAGACAUCAUGCGAACACUGUGAAUACAAGUGAUCCCACUGCAAAUAUCCCACAAGUCGGAAGACGUUUAGAAAAUUUGCAAUUGGAUAAAAUGGAAGAUUUAUUCGAUGACGAAUUUGAUCCACGUGCAGAUGAAAGAAAAAAAAUAGUAGCAGGAGAGAAAAAAGAGAAAGAUAAAUUUGGCCUUGAUCCCUUCGGGGAUGAUUUCAUGAACGAUGUCCUUAGUUUGGAGCGAAAGCCGCUUACCGAUGUACCAUCUACUUCAGAACACGAACCAACACCGGAACAGUUCGAUGAGAUGUUAUCCAUAGUGGAUAAACGAUUAACGGAGCUACGAGAUGGGUUUGCAUCGGGAAUUCUAGCAAUGGGUGAUACGGGUGAUGCAGCGCGCGACCUGCACAACAUUUAUGGUGUACCAAUUCAGUCUCCAGAAACAAAUACCGGUGAAAAGAAUCAAGCAAAAGUCACGCAAAAUGGUCAUACUUGA